AUGGAAAAAUCCAAAAAUUUCCGCAUCGACGCGCUCCUGGCUGUCGACCCCCCCAAGGCGGCGGCGCAGAGCGCGCCGCUCGCCCUGGUCACCUCGCUGAGCAGCGGCAGCAGCAGCGGCAGCGGCAGCCCCCCGUCCUCCUCCUCCUCGUCUUCUUCCUCCUCCUCCUCCUCCUCUUCCUCCGAGCACCCGGCCGCCGCCGCCGCCGACCGCCUGCGCGCCGAGAGCCCCUCGCCGCCGCGGCUGCUGGCCGCCCACUGCGCCCUGGUGCCCAAGCCCGGCUUCCUGGCGGGCCCCGGCGGCGGCGGCCCCCACCCGCACGCCGCCUCGGCGCCGGGCAUGGCGCUGGGACUGCACCCCGCGGCGCCCGGCGGGCCGGGCAUGCCGCCGCAGGCGGCCCUCUACGGCCACCCCGUGUACGGCUACCCGGCGCUGGGCGCGCAGCACCCGGCGCUCUCCUACUCCUACUCGCAAGUGCAGGGAGCGCACCCGUCCCACCCCGCCGCCGACCCCAUCAAGCUCGGCGCCGGCACCUUCCAGCUGGACCAGUGGCUGCGGGCUUCCACGGCCGGCAUGAUCCUGCCCAAAAUGCCCGACUUCAGCUCCCAGGCGCAGUCCAACCUGCUGGGGAAGUGCCGGCGGCCGCGCACGGCCUUCACCAGCCAGCAGCUGCUGGAGCUGGAGCACCAGUUCAAGCUGAACAAGUACCUGUCCCGGCCCAAGCGCUUCGAGGUGGCCACGUCGCUCAUGCUCACCGAGACGCAGGUGAAGAUCUGGUUCCAGAACCGGCGCAUGAAGUGGAAGCGCAGCAAGAAGGCCAAGGAGCAGGCGGCGCAGGAGGCCGAGAAGCAGAAGGGCGGCGGCGGCGAGGACAAGGCCGGCGAGGAGCUGCUGCUGGCCGCCGCCGAGAAGGGCGGCGGGCGGCGGCUGCGGGAGCUGCCCGACAGCGAGCCCGACGAGGAGGAGGAGGAGGAAGAGGAGGAGGAAGAGGAGGCCGCGCGGUGCUGCCCCUACCACUCCUCCGACUGCUCCGAAGCGGACGAGGAUGACAGAGAGCCCCGGGCCCGGCCCGGCGCCCCGCCGCCGGCUCCAGCACAGCCCCAGUGA